GUCCCCUGUGAAAAAACAGCGCCAGGAAAUUCUCAAAGAUUGCCUCGCGGCGGCGCGGCGAGGACCCGCAAUCGCCGCCGACUCCUGCCUGCGCUCUCCCGGCUCGCCGGCGGACCCUCUUCGCCGACAACGCGCGCCCGCCUCCAGGCCCACCCCCCCGCGCACCCUCUGCUGGAGAUAGGCACGCCGCGUUCUUCCACUCGAAGGAACCCUCCUCUGCUUGGUAGCCUCCGCCGCCACCCUCCACCUCUCCUCUGGACUGGCGCGGGGUGGAGAUACGUCCGGGCCUCGGAUCGGUCCCUUCUCCUGCCGGUACUUUGCGCCAGGAUAACAGUGCUAUGUCAAAAGCUACAGAUGGUCAGCUGCAAGAAACAGAGCAGGAAGGAAAUGCUCAGGCAAGCCAACAAGCAGGGCAACAUCAUGUGAAUGUAUCAGAUCAAUUCUCCAAACCAGAACUGGUAACUGAAGGUUCAAAAAAUGAACAACCUGUCCAAGUAGACCAACAGAAUUCCCACCUACAACAAGAACAGCCAGAAAAUCGACUGCAACAGGCUGAAACAGAUAGCUUCCAGUUAGCUGAAAAAGAAACAGGGUAUUUUGGUCAACAGAGUUUUGCAGGCUCCAAGGUGGAUGUAGCUCAGCCCUCAGUAGUCCAGCAGAAUGUGAAGCAAAUUGUUGGGCAGCAAGCACCAUCUGGUGCCCAGGAUACAAGGAAAGGGCCAUCUAUACCAUUUAAUAUGUUAAUUCCGAUCCUACAGGCACAUCUUGAUAGAGACAAAGAUAUGCAGCUUCAAACUGUAUGGGCAAAACUUAGGCGCAAUGAAGUCCACAAAGAUGAUUUCUUAAGAGUCAUCAGGAAUAUCGUUGGGGAUCAAAUGCUGAAGCAGGCAGCCCAUAAAGUUUUUGUACAGAUGCAAGCCCAGGCACAAAGAAAUAACCAGGCAAAUCCAAGUCAGCAUUCUCUAUUCUCUCAAGUGUCUGCACAGCAGACUCCUUCCAGUGGUUCAGCACAGUUGCAUGAUCAGAAGGUUAGCCCAACUGGGCCACCUAACCAGGGCCAGAAAAGCCAGGUGUCAUCUUCACCUCAGGCUUUUGCACCACCGUCAGGCACUCAAGCGCAAAAUAGUGUACACUAUCUUGCUCAUGCUAAUCCCAACCAAAACCCUGACGCAAUGGGAACAAACGCUACACAAAAUCAACCACCUAGAGUGAACCCAGCAAUUUCAUUGCAAACAAAGAACAAACAGCCGCAACCCACACAAUUCCAGCAGGCCUCACAGCAAAUAUAUGGAGCAGGUAACCCUGGUGCCCAGGCUUACCCUCGGUCAAUCACUGGUUCUCUUAGAUCACCGAGUCCAGAACCAGAGAGACAGCCGUCCAUGCAUGCUCAUGGAAUGGCUCCUGCAAAAAUUGGCCCUCCUCCUACUCACCCAAUGAUGCAGCACAAUGCAGUUGCAUGGCAAAUGCAUCAAAACAAGGAAUUGAAAACCAAUGCUCUCCCUCCUAAUGCUAAUGCAAAGGAAAAUUCCGAAUCUGCUGGCAAGGCCCGCGUGGUUACAGCAAAUUCUUCAGCGAAAGGAAAGCAGGGACCCCCUAACUCAUCUACACCGAAUGCUAGUGGAGGUGCGAAGAGUAACAAGAAAUCGGGUGGGCAAAAGAAAUCAUUGGAAGCAGCAGGCUCUAUGCUGCCACCUUCAAGCAAAAAGCAAAAGACAUCUGGAACCUUCCAGGCACAAAGCAUUGAUCAACUUAAUGAUGUCACAGCUGUUAGUGGUGUUAAUAUUAGGGAGGAGGAAGAACAACUACUGUCUGCCCCCAAGGAAGAGAGCCUUGCCUCACAAACAGCACGAAGAAUUGCACAGGAAGAAGAAGAAGAACUCUUUUUACGGGAAGGCCCACUUCUCAAGAAACUAGCAGAAAUCACUCUGAAAUGCAAUCUGAAGAACAUUAGUGGUGAUGUUGAGCAUUGUUUAUCAAUGUGUGUGGAGGAGCGGUUGCGAAGAUUCAUAAGCACUCUCAUAAGAGUCUCAGAACAGAGAAUUGAUGCUGAAAAAACUGGGCAUCGACUAGUUAUUACUUCAGAUGUUGGCCGUCAAAUUUUGCUAAUGAACCAGAAAGCUAAAGAAGAAUGGGAUAAAAAACAAGCAGAAGAAGCUGACAAGAACAAGAAACAAACUGAGGCUGAUGGCGGUGGUGGUGUAGAGCUGGAAAAAGAAAAAGAGGAAAGUCGUCCAAAGAAUGUCAAGCCCAACAAAGAAGAUGAUGAUAAAAUGAGAACGAAUGCUGCAAAUGUUGCCGCCCGACAAGCAGUUGGAGGAAGCGAUAUGCUCUCAAAGUGGCAGCUGAUGGCUGAACAAGCCAGACAGAAGCGAGAAGGCCUUGAUGUGGCUGCUGCUCCACAACCAGGUAGAGGGCCAGGUUCAAGGUCAUUAUCCAAGCUUGGGAAAGGCCCCGGUGACCACCAGGAAGCUUCAAAGAGGAGCCAUUCUGCAGCGUUCGGAUCUGGAGGCAUGAAAAGACCGGGCAGGGCUCAGUUCACAGGACCGCAACGAACCAUCUCCGUCAAGGAUGUGAUCAGCGUCCUCGAGAGGGAACCUCAGAUGACGAAAUCGCGGCUGAUCUACCGGCUGUACGAGCGGUUGCCUGGAGAUUCUACCGCAGACUAGGCUGGACUUACUGUGGUGCAUACCCAUGGUAUUUAACAGCGUAGAAGCAUGACCCGCUGCUCCUUCCAUCUGGAUUGGACUUUGGAGUGGAAUGGCAGAGUGUAUAUUGGUGACAAAUCUGUAACACAUUAAUGGGGGCGCAUCGCCAGCAAAUGGCUUCUGUAGAAAUUGCAAUGUAGGGGGUAUUCUGGCAUGCAUGGUUCAGGUAGUCUGCAUUCGCUUGUGCACGGUACCAAAUAAUUACGACUGAAUUUCACAAAA